AGCGGGGGCGGCCCUCGGGGUGGUCCUACGGCGGAGCCCGCCACGUGGCCUGUCCCUGGCCUGCACUGCCCAGCGGGCCUCGUGUGCCCGCCGGUCCCGCUUGGCGGCGGGGGAGAUGCGGCUUUGUAGCUCCGCUCCCCUGCGCCGCGCUCGGAUCCGAGGCCGCACACCCCCUCGCUUGCGGUAGACGGCGUCUCGGGCAGAAAUUGUGUUAGUGAUCGUGAAAAUACUGCAACAUGGCUGACGUUAAAGAAGCUAUUAACCGACUCAUGAAUGUGAAUCUUCAUGUGAACCAGAGAUCUGUACGGGUGACAGAAACUGAUGUCAGAAGUGAGUCUGAGCAUUUCCACGUCACUAUUGGAGCCACUGUACCUACUGGCUUUGAGCAAACAGCUGCAGAUGAAGUGAAAGAGAAAUUGGGGUCAUCAUGCAAAAUCAGCAAAGACCGGGGCAAGAUUUAUUUUGACAUUGCAGUGGAAAGCCUUGCUCAGGUUCAUUGUCUACGAUCAGUUGAUAACUUGUUUGUGGUGGUUCAAGAAUUUAAAGAUUAUCAGUUCAAAAAUACAAAGGAAGAAGUUUUAAAGGAUUUUGAAGAUUUGGCUGGCAAACUUCCAUGGUCUGACCCUUUAAAAGUAUGGGAACUUAACACCAAUUUCAAGAAAAAAAAAACAAAGCGUAAAAAGAUAAAUCAGAAUUCAAGUAAAAGGAAGAUGAUUGAUAAUGGACAAGGAGACAAGUUAGAUGAGAAUAAUGUUAAAAAAGAGUUUGCUGACGAUCUUAUAGGUUCACACAUCUUAGACUAUUAUGAAAAUCCAGCCAUUAAAGAAGAGAUAUUAACAUUAGUAGGUGAAGACUUGGCAUCUUGCAAAGAUGAGGCUGAUGAAAGCUCAAAAGAAGAUACUGAGCUUCGAGUGCUGAAAUUUAGAGUCACAUGCAGCAGGGCAGGAGAGAAGCAUUGCUUUACCUCAAAUGAGGCUGCAAGAGAUUUUGGAGGUGCUGUUCAAGAUUAUUUUAAGUGGAAGGCUGACAUGACCAACUUUGAUGUGGAGGUUCUCUUGAAUAUUCAUGAUAAUGAAGUCAUUGUGGGUAUUGCAUUGACUGAGGAGAGUCUCCACCGCAGAAAUAUUACACAUUUUGGACCUACUACACUUCGAUCAACUCUUGCCUAUGGGAUGCUUAGGCUCUGUGCGCCACAACCCACUGAUAUAAUAGUUGACCCAAUGUGUGGAACAGGGGCAAUACCAAUAGAGGGAGCUACUGAGUGGUAUAACUGUUACCAUAUUGCUGGUGAUAACAAUCCACUGGCUGUGAAAAGAGCAGCAAAUAACAUCUCAUCUUUAUUGACCAAGAACCAAAUUAAAGAAGGCAAACAGUCCUGGGGCCUGCCUAUUGAUGCUGUUCAGUGGGAUAUCUGUAAUCUCCCAUUGAGAACUGGCUCUGUGGAUAUCAUUGUAACAGACAUGCCAUUUGGAAAAAGGAUGGGCUCCAAGAAGAGAAACUGGAAUCUGUAUCCAGCUUGCCUGCAGGAGAUGAGCCGUGUCUGUAGACCGGGGACAGGCCGAGCAGUACUACUUACUCAGGACAAGAAAUGCUUUACCAAGGCAUUAUCUGGAAUGGGACAAGUGUGGCGAAAAGUUCAUACAGUGUGGGUCAACAUAGGAGGUCUUCAUGCUGCAGUUUAUCUUCUAAAACGUACACCUCAAGCUUUUGUACAUCCUUUAGAAAAUGAAAGAGCAACUUCUUAGUUAUACAAAGAAUGAAGGUGAUUAAUACAUUUGGACUUCAGAACACUGAAAAUGUCAACAUGAAGAGCUUCUUAGAAAAGUAACAGAAGCGCUAUUUAAAUUAUUCCAAAGUUCCACUUCGAUUAACAAGAGAUGUGAAUGAAACAUGAGACAAUUUUUGAGAAUGCAGAACUUUUUCUUGUAAUUCCUUUGAAGGGGUAGCUAAGCUGUGUUUUCCUUAAAAUGCUUGGGAAUCCUGGCUUUAGAACAUUUUUCUUAAGGCUCCCUAGUUGUGGGAAAGACAGGAGAGCAUAUGGUCCCAGUAUCUCAGGCUAUGUUUAUUGCCUGUGCAGCUUUGCUAUUCAGUAGCUCAGGUUCCUUACCUCAACAUCAAAAUGAAGCAUUAUUUCAUCUUUUGAAGUUUACGAGAUGAAAUCUCUAUCAUUUGCCUUAAAGAUUAAAACAUGCCUCUCUUGAUACACAAUACUAAAACAUAGUAUAGGAUUUACUAAAGAAACUAUAAAUAUUUCAUAGGAUAGUUCUAUUUAUAAAUAGCAGAAAUAUUGGUUGACAAGCUAUAGAACCAACAAGUCAGAAGUUUUCUUUCAGCGAAGUAUAUUGCGUUUGAAAACAAAAUGGAUAGAUGAAAAAAAAACAUGUCUUUGAAUGAAAAAUUGGGAACAUGAUGUAAAAAAUCAUGCUCAGGGCACGGUUGAACUGAGAGCUCUUCUGUAGGAAGGAAGCCUUGUACUUAAAACUUCAGCACUGUAAAAAUAAACAUAAUCUUAGUUUGGGAACUGUAAUUUUUGGUAUUUAUGUAAGUGUCUUCCUGUAUCACCAUUCACAUGCAGCUUAAUGAGAACUAACAAUAAAGGUUUAUUUUGUAAAAGUUUA